CCAAAAUCCAAAUAAAACCGCCAUCUUCGCUGUCGCCGAUAUUCACACCUGGGACACAUAGCACCAUGCCACCCAGGCUUCGGCUCCGGCCCCUCUCUCACGUCUUUGAUGCUCAGCUUGCUUUGAAACCAUACACCUGCAGAAGCUGUGGGUAUGCCACCGCGGUAGCUUCCCACUCACAAAGCUCGUCCGCUCCUCUUUCUCGAUACGCUCCCUCACAACCUCCAUCCCAUCGAGAUCCCAAAUACCGAAAGUCGCAGCUGAUCCGAUCCUACGUCUCCCUCCUGCAAACGACACCACUCAUCAUCCUCUUCCAACACAAUUCUCUAAAAGCUACAGAAUGGACAGGGAUCCGACGAGAACUGUCGUCUGCCCUCUCUAUACUCGACCAACAGCUCCUUGCUGAAGGCGCAGAUCCCUCGAGCUUGAUCGGCCAGUACAUUAAGCUUCAGGUCAUCAAUCCGAGCAUGUUUGAACCUGCUCUACGAAUCACGGAAUAUUAUAAACCAGGCGACGCAUCCCUCUCCCCAGUGGAGAGCCCAAAUGGUAUAAGGUCGGAAAAGGAUGACCCAGCACUCACCCACGCCCUGUCCACCUCGGCAUACCGUGCCAUUCAGGAACACAAGAACGAACAUCCUUUAACUCCCCUCCUCACGGGAUCUAUCGCGAUCCUGACCUUUCCCACAGUGUCACCACAGCACAUCAAGACCGCCUUCUCCAUCCUAAGUCCCAAAGCGCCUCAUUUUCCCGCCCCUCCCCGCCGUCUGAGGCCUUCUCUGUAUGACCCUCCGGUGCAAGAUGGAUUGAAAAAGCUGAUGCUUCUUGGAGCUCGCAUCGACGGUCAAGUCUUUGACAUGGAAGGCACCCGGUGGGUUGGAAGCAUUGAUGGAGGGAUUGACGGGCUCCGCGCCCAGCUGGUGGCGAUGCUACAGGGCUUCAGUGCCAGUGUCACUAAUACAUUGGAAAGCGCUAGCCGCAGUCUGUGGUUCACAAUGGAGAGCCGGAGGACCCAGAUGGAAGAGGAGGCCAAUCCAACUGCCAAAUCUUCUGAGGAGACCAAAUAAGUGCAUUAGGGUUAACACUGUCGUCCAGAGCUUUGGCAGGAUGGAUCCAAUGGAUGGAAAGAUUCCAUCUACAGAUUUGAUCAUAAUUGAGAAUGGCCGACACCGGGCAGCAUAAACAAGCCACAUAUGUACGACGGCUUAUGCCGAACUCAUGGUGCGGUUGAAGAAGAGAAAAGGCAAACUGGCUUGGUCUUUUCGGCUUCUACACAAUGUACAGUAGAAAUGAAUAUACCACAGCUUGAAAUUUGCUUUCUUGUUGAUCGACCUUUGAUCAUGUACUUAUUUGCAUGUUGAGAAUCAUGAUUUUGAC